CUUUGGGCGAUUGCAGCCGGCGGUCGGUCAGCCGGUCGGCGGCUGUGUGGGUAGCCGCCAGGUCGGCGGGGGCGGAGACGCGGGAGGUUGAUGGGGGUCGCCUCAACCUCGGCCUCAACUUGUAGCACAGCUUCAGCCACGCAAACGGAGAUGGUGUCCUGGGUGCGGACGAUGGGGGAGAAGCUGAAGCAGCGGCUCCGGCUCGACGUAGGACGCGAGAUCUGCCGCCAGUACCCGCUGUUCUGCUUCCUGUUGCUCUGCCUCAGCGUCGCCUCCCUACUUCUCAACAGGUAUCUUCAUGUUUUAAUGAUCUUCUGGUCAUUUGUUGCUGGAGUUGUUACCUUCUAUUGCUCAUUGGGACCAGAUUCUCUCUUACCAAAUAUAUUCUUCACAAUAAAAUACAAACCCAAGCAGUUAGGACUUCAAGAAUUAUUUCCUCAAGGUCGUAGCUGUGCUGUUUGUGGUAAAGUGAAAUGUAAACGACAUAGGCCUUCCUUACUACUUGAAAACUACCAGCCAUGGCUAGAUUUAAAAAUUUCUUCCAAGGUUGAUGCAUCUCUCUCAGAGGUUCUUGAAUUAGUGUUGGAAAACUUUGUUUAUCCGUGGUACAGGGAUGUAACAGAUGAUGAGUCCUUUGUUGAUGAACUGAGAAUUACAUUACGGUUUUUUGCAUCUGUCUUAAUUCGAAGGAUUCACAAGGUGGAUAUUCCAUCUAUUAUAACCAAGAAACUGUUAAAAGCAGCAAUGAAGCAUAUAGAAGUGAUAGUUAAAGCCAGUCAGAAAGUAGAAAAUACAGAGUUUUUACAGCAAGCUGCUUUAGAAGAAUAUGGUCCAGAGCUUCAUGUGGCUUUGAGGAGUCGAAGAGAUGAAUUACACUAUUUAAGGAAACUCACUGAACUACUUUUUCCUUAUAUUUUGCCUCCUAAAGCAACAGACUGCAGAUCCCUGACCUUACUUUUAAGAGAGAUCCUGUCUGGUUCAGUGUUCCUUCCAUCUUUGGAUUUCCUAGCUGAUCCAGAUACUGUGAAUCAUUUGCUUAUCAUCUUCAUAGAUGACAGUCCACCUGAAAAAGCAACUGAACUGCCUUCCCCUUUGGUUCCAUUCUUGCAGAAAUUCGCAGAACCUAGAAAUAAAAAGCCAUCUGUGCUGAAGUUAGAAUUGAAGCAAAUCAGAGAGCAGCAAGAUCUCUUAUUUCGUUUUAUGAACUUUCUGAAACAAGAAGGAGCAGUGCAUGUAUUGCAGAUAUGUCUGACUGUGGAGGAAUUCAAUGAUAGAAUUUUGCGACCAGAGUUGUCAAAUGAUGAAAUGCUGUCUCUUCAUGAAGAGUUGCAGAAGAUUUAUAAAACCUAUUGUUUGGAUGAAAGUAUUGACAAAAUUCGAUUUGAUCCCUUUAUUGUAGAAGAGAUUCAAAAAAUUGCUGAAGGCCCUUAUAUAGAUGUUGUGAAACUUCAAACUAUGAGAUGCCUUUUUGAAGCAUAUGAACAUGUACUGUCUCUCUUAGAGAAUGUGUUUACACCUAUGUUCUGCCACAGUGAUGAGUAUUUCAGGCAACUUUUAAGAGGUGCAGAAUCACCAACACGCAAUUCAAAAUUGAACAGAGGUAGCCUAAGUUUGGAUGAUUUUCGGAGCACACAGAAGAGAGGAGAAUCAUUUGGAAUCAGCAGAAUAGGUAGCAAAAUUAAAGGAGUAUUCAAAAGUACCACAAUGGAGGGAGCUAUGUUGCCUAAUUAUGGGUUAGCCGAAGGUGAAGAUGACUUUAUUGAAGAAGGUAUUGUUGUAAUGGAAGAUGAUUCUCCAGUGGAAGCUGUGAGCACACCUAAUACUCCCCGAAACCUUGCUGCAUGGAAAAUUAGCAUUCCAUAUGUAGACUUUUUUGAAGAUCCCUCCUCUGAAAGGAAGGAGAAGAAGGAGAGAAUACCUGUGUUUUGUAUUGAUGUUGAAAGAAAUGAUAGAAGAGCAGUUGGGCAUGAGCCUGAACAUUGGUCUGUCUAUAGAAGAUAUCUUGAAUUCUAUGUACUUGAAUCAAAACUAACAGAGUUUCAUGGAACAUUUCCUGAUGCCCAGCUUCCUUCCAAGAGGAUCAUUGGCCCCAAAAAUUAUGAAUUCUUAAAGUCAAAGAGAGAAGAAUUUCAGGAAUAUCUACAGAAACUUCUGCAGCAUCCAGAACUGAGUAAUAGUCAACUUCUGGCGGAUUUUCUCUCCCCCAAUGGCGGGGAAACACAAUUUCUUGAUAAGAUACUACCAGAUGUAAAUCUUGGUAAAAUUAUAAAGUCUGUUCCUGGAAAACUAAUGAAAGAGAAAGGCCAGCAUUUGGAACCUUUCAUCAUGAAUUUCAUUAAUUCUUGUGAAUCUCCAAAGCCUAAACCAAGUAAACCGGAACUGACCAUUCUCAGCCCUACUUCAGAAAACAACAAGAAGCUUUUCAGUGAUCUAUUUAAGAAUAAUGCAAACCGUGCUGAGAAUACAGAAAGAAAGCAAAAUCAGAAUUAUUUUAUGGAGAUGAUGACUGUAGAAGGAGUCUAUGAUUACCUGAUGUAUGUAGGACGGGUGGUUUUCCAAGUUCCUGACUGGCUUCAUCAUCUCUUAAUGGGAACUCGAAUCCUGUUUAAAAAUACCUUGGAAAUGUAUACUGACUACUAUCUUCAUUGUAAACUAGAACAACUAUUUCAGGAGCACCGUUUGGUCUCACUUAUAACACUUCUCAGAGAUGCUGUAUUCUGUGAAAACACUGAACCUCGUUCUCUCCAAGAUAAGCAAAAACGAGCAAAACAGACUUUUGAAGAAAUGAUGAAUUACAUUCCAGAUCUGAUAGUCAAGUGUAUUGGUGAAGAAGCCAAGUAUGAAAGCAUUCGACUUCUAUUUGAUGGCUUACAACAGCCAGUUCUCAAUAAACAGCUGACUUAUGUUUUAUUGGACAUUGUGAUACAAGAACUAUUUCCAGAGCUCAAUAAGGUACAAAAAGAAGUUACCUCUGUGACGUCCUGGAUGUAAACAUUUGGAUUUGAGAUACAAUGACCAGAUAGAUAACAAAUUUCUGCUUUGCUAAUUAAUGUAGUAUAUAUGUACUUUUUUCUUUUACUUUUGUAUAUUCUUGUAUAUAUCAUGUAAUCCAGUGUCUGAAUUUUUGAUUUUUUUUUUGUUUUAAUAAAGACUAACACAAACUUAAUAAUGAUUAAAAGUGAUUGGGUUUCAUAGUCUUUCAUUUUACACCUGUUACCAAAAUUUUAUUAGAAUAUAUGUCAUUUGCUGUUGCCAUUUUUUAAAAUGUUUUAUUUAUUUAUUUUGAGAGAGAGAGAGCAUGUGAGUGUCAGCAGGACAGAGAGAGAGAGGGCAGGGGAGAGAGAAUCCCAAGCUGACAAUGUGGAGACUGAUCUUAAGAACUGUGAGAUCACAAUCAGAGCCAAAAUCAAGAGUCGGAUGCUUAACCGACUGAGCCACCCAGGUACCCCUACUAUUGCCAUUUUUUAAAGAGGUAGGGCAAACAGAUAGGACCAGUAAUCUUUGUAUUGUAUCACUUUGAAAAUAAUUAUGUUUAGUGUGGAGAAAUUGUAGUAAGAUCUGAUUUGCUUUCUUAUUUAGAGUUAAUACAUUUCAGUAGAUGUAUCUUUUCUUUUUUUUGCCCCUAUUAUCUACACUGGUAACUAUGUGUUUAUAAAGAAGACAUCCUUUUUGAGUUUUUCUUAAGAAACAAAGCACUGUUCCUUACUCUUGCUGGAUUGACAGGUUAUUGCCCUUUUUAAGUGUGAAAACUGACUACAAACAGAUAUUUCUGAUUGUGUGGUUGCAGCUAUAUUUUACUGAAUGAAUGUAGCUAUAUUCCAAAAUCUUAUAUAACAAUUUAGUCAAGUAGAUUUUUGGUUUAUAUUGUCUAUUAUCUCUCCAAAAGGAAAAUACAGAAUUAAUUGUAUUUCUUGAGGGAAGUUAAUUUUUUUUUAAUUUUUAAAAUGUUUAUUUAAUUUUGAGAGAGAGUGAGUGAGGAGUGGGGGGGGGGGCAGAGAGAUGGAGAUACAGAAUCUGAAGCAGGCUCCAGGCUCUGAGCUGUCAGCACAGGGCCCGAUGCGGGGCUUGAAUUCACGAAAUGUGAGAUCAUGACCUGAGCCGAAGUCCGCGCUGAACCAACCAAGCCACCCAGGCGCCCUAAUUAAAAAAUUUUUUUAAUGUUUGUUUAUUUUUGAGAGGGAGACUGAGCAAAAGAGGGGGAGAGGCAGAAGGAGAGGGAGAUAGUGAAUCAAGAGCAGGCUCCAGACUCUGGUCUGACAGCACAGAGUCAGACACGGGGCUCAAGCCCAUGAAAUGUGAGAUUAUGACCUGAGCCAAAGUCAGAUGCUUAACCAACUGAACCACCCAGGCUCCCCUUGAGGAAAGUUAAAUUAAAAGAUUAGAGUCAGUGUUCGGAAUUCUACUUAUAGUUCCCUCCCAUGCUAUACUUUUCUCCUUAAAACAAGUUUGUCUUUCAAGAUUGAGCAUUUUGUGUUUGCUAAUUGGUCAUAGCAUUCAUUUAGGCUAUAUUUAUUGAGUUUCAACUAUGUAUUAGAUACUAAGCUGGGUAAUAGGGAACUCUAAAUAUAAUUUGGAAAUCUAACCUGUUUAAUAGUGUUCACUUAUUUUUUUUUUUUCCAAAAAAAGUGGUUAUUAGGUGUUGGAAUUUUUUUUAAUGUUUAUUUAGUUUUGAGAGAGAGUACAUGCAUGAGUGAGGGAAGGGCUGAGAGAGGGAGACAGAGGAUCCGCAGCAGGUUCCACACUGACAAUAGAGAGUCUGAUGUGGGGCCCGAACUUAUGGAGCCGCGAGGUCAUGACCUUAACUGAAGUUGGACGCUUAACCAACUGAGCCACUCAGGUGCCCUGGUGUUGUAAAUUUUUUAAAAAGUGUUUAUUUAUUUUGAGAGAGAGAGAGAGCAUGUUCAUGGUGAAUGGGGGAGAGGCAGAGAGAGAAUCCCAAGCAGGCUCCUUGCUGUCAGCACAGAGCCUGACCUGGGGCUUGAUUUCACAGUUUGUGAGAUCGUGACCUGAGCUGAAAUCAAGAGUUGGAUGCUUAACCCAGUGAGCCACCCAGGCACCCCAGUUUUAUUAUAUUUUUAAUUGUUUCAAGAUUCUAGUAUAUGUAUGAGUUUCUGUGAGUUGGUACUUUAAUACAAAGCCUUAAACAUUUACUGAUUCUCAGGGACAGAUGGAAAGUUAAUCAGGUUAACUCUUCACAUUUGAAUCCAUAGCAUUUUAAGCACUGUUAUUUAAAAUGUCAUGGUGAGCUGGAAAAAGUAUUUCACAGCCCUUUUUAUCCCAUUCUCACCUACUCUCCUUUAAAUCGUCAUAUUCUAUUUAGGUGAGAAAAAUGUUUUUAGGAGUGUAUCAUUCUGUUUGGGCUUCUAUAACAAAAUACCACAGACUGGGUGGCUCUAACAACAAAUUUAUUUCUCAUAGUUCUGGAGGCUAGAAUCCAAGGUAGGUUUCAUUGUGAGGCCUCUUCCUUUGGCUUGCAGAUAGCUGCCUUCUCACAUGUGCUCCUGACCUCUCUGUGUACCUUUGCGGGAGGAGAGAAGGAAAGAGCUUGCUUUCUCUCUCUCUCUCUCUCUCUGUCCUUAUAAGGGCAUCAGUCCAAUUGGUUAGGGUCCCACUCUUAUGACCUCAUUUAACCUUAAUUACUUCCUAAAAGCCCCAUCUCCAAAGACAGUCACAAGGUGGUUUUGGGCUUCAACAUACCAAUUUUAGGAAGGCACAGUUCCAUCCAUAGCAGUGGCUGAGCUCUAUUUAAAGAAAAUGUGUAUAAAAAUCUACACAUACAAAAUUAAUUAUUCAUAUUAUCAAAGGAAAAGGAACCAGAUGCAAUCUCUGUUGGCAAGGCAUUUUAUAUUCACUAUUACAUUUUAUCAUCCAUCAUAGUAACUGUGAGAUGGUAUAAUUCCUAUAUUAUAGGUAAGGAUAUUGAAGCCAGAGAAAGUAGUGAGGUUAGAAUUCAAACUUCGAUUUGUCUCUCAUCUUGUCCUUGUUAGUGUUGCCCCAUAAAAAGAGCUUUUAUUUCCAAAAGUAGUCACUCUUUGGAUCCUUUUAAAAAGUAUGUUCCCCAGUUAUUUCAUAUAUUUUACUUUGUACAUUCCUUCCUAUCUUUAUGUGUGUUCCCUUGUGCAUGAGCUUCACAUUUUGAAAUGUGUUUAAUAGAAACAACUAUCAGUGUUUCUGGUUGAGGGGAUAAAAUGAAAUUAAAUAGAUGGGAAGACAUUUUCAGAUAUUUAAAGGAUAUUAAAAUUGUGUUUUAAGUAUAAUUAGUUAUAGAUAUCAGAAGAUCCUGAGAAAUGAUUGAAAGCAACCACUUAAAUGAUCAUUUUUGACUUAGUAAAAACCAUUUGAUUUUAUUGUAGAAAUAUAAAUAGAAAUCUAAUUUGCUUCUGUUUUUAGCAGAGUGUGUAAUGAUAUAUACAAAAUUGUAAUUUCAGAUAUAGUCAACAUUGGAAUAAAAAUGAUUGACUAAAUGAAUGAAUGAGCAAAUGAAUAGUUCUUGCCAGUUCAUUAUACUUCUGUGUCAAGGAGUAUGCUGUCUGUAAUGUUCCCAGUUAUCUCUUUGGCAGUGCUGGAUACACAGAGAAGAAAUCUUUAACCUGAGGCCCAUGAGCUCCAGUGAAAAAUAGUUGUUGUUUUUUUUUAAUUUCACUUUUGUUAAUUUGAUAUUUAUGAUUUUUUUUCCUAUCAAACACUCUAUGUAAUGGAUGUAUUUGUAUUCCAAUGACACCCUAUUUACAUAAAGCAGUGGCAGGCAGGAUUUGGCUCUCAGGCUGUAGUUUGCUAAUCCCUGAUGUUGAAGAACAAAACAAGGGAGAAAAAGGAAUACUGUUAGAAAAGUUAUAAUUACCUUCAUAUUAAGGAACAAGGGAAUUAAAUUUUUGGAGAAAGGCAGCUGUCCUUAGGGGUAACUUAAUUGGCCUUUUGGUUGCAGAGAGGUUAAAGAAGAGUCAAACACUCUGCGUAAUGAAAAGGUGUCUUCUGUAGGUAGAGAAAUCUUAAUUAUCUGUAUUCUCUGGAGGGGUGAGGCCAGAGAAAAGGACUGUGUGUGUGGCUUUUGGACUGAGUGAGGAGGAGGGUGGCAGAAAGGUACAAGGGAAGGAAUUAUACACAGUUUAUUCAGUUUAUUCAAGUGUGUAGUGCACACUCACCCAUGUGCCAGGCAGUUUUAGAUAAGCUAGGGAUAUUAUUUGUGCAUUUAGAAACCUACAUUCAAACUCCAAGAGACAGACAAUAAGAUAAAUAAGGAAAUUAUAGUAUCUUAGAAAAUAAGUGCUCAGAAGAAACAUUUUGAACUGAGGAGGGGAAUAUGGGGGAGGGUUGCAGUUUUAAAUGGUGGGGUCUGGGACCUUGGAAAAGACUUGAAGGGAGUGAGAAAUCAGGUAAUGCAGGUAUGUAGGAGUCCAUGUUCCAAGUAGAGAAAAUAGCACAUGCAAAGGUUUGAGUGGGAGAGUGUCUGUUUUGUAGGAAGAAUAGCACGGAGAUCAGUGUGGCCUCACAUCAGGGAGAGUGAAGAGAAAUAAUGUCAGAGAAGUAAUGGGAAACCAGAUCACAGAGGGCCUUGUAGGCCAUUGGGAUAAUUUAUUGUUGCUUUUACUUGUGGAGUGUGGUAAAAAGAUUUUGAGCCAUUGAGCAACACAGUCUUGCUUAAUACUGUAAGACAUCACAUUGGCUGCUGAAUUGAGAACGUUGGGAACUGACUAGAGUGGAGCAGAAGUGGAGACCAGCUCAUUUAGGAGGCUGCUGAAGCAAUUCAGAAGUGGCAGUGAUUCAAAGCAAGGUAGUACUUGUGAAGGGUGUUGUGUGCCUGUGUGUGUGUGUGUGUGUAUGUGUGUGUGUGUGUGUGUGUGUGUUUUAAGUUGGGAAGCAAGAUUUACCCAGGGACAUAAUGUGAGUUUGAGAAAAUGGGAGCAGCCAAGGAUGACUCCCCUGUGUCCCCUGAAAAGAUGGUGGGGCUUGGGCCCUUAUCCCCAUUUCCUGUGAAUGUGACCUUAUUUGGAAAUAGUGUUUUUUUUAGGUGACUAAAAUUAAGUCAUUACAGUGGGCCUAAUACAGUAUGACUUUGUUCUCAUACAUAGGGGAAAUUUGGACAUAGAGACAGACAUACGGAGGGAAAAGGAUGUAAAAACAGAGGGAAAAUACCAGCUAUAAGGCAAGGAAUGCCUGAUGCUACCAGAAGCUAGGAGAGGCUUGGGGUAGAUGCUUCACCAGUCUUCAGAAGGAAACAACCUUGCCAACUUGAUCUCAGGAUGCUUCACCACAGUCUUCAGAAGGAAACAACCUUGCCAACUUGAUCUCAGGCUUCUGACCUCCAGAAAGUGACUUGCUGAUCCUGAGUAAUGAUGUCAGUGUCUUCAUUUACAAGCCUCCAGCCUCAGCUUCUGGGGUCCAGCAAAGAUGGUCUGUGCCAUCACCAAGCCAGUUCCUAAAAUGCAGACUUGAAUCUCACUUGAAAAAAAAAAUGCAGUUCCACACAUUAAUGGCAAGAGGAAUUUUUGGCUACUGGUAUAAAACAAUGCUCACUGCCAAAAAGGAAAGAAAUGUUAGAGAAAAGCUUCCACGACAAUGACUUCCUGCAGAAAACUUGAUCCGACCUUCAACUGCUGGAUAAAUUACUUUCAUUUUUAAGAUGUAUCCAGAAACCACGUUGAUAUCUUGAUCACCUGGAAAAAUAUAUACAUUAUUUUAACUACAGAAUAAGUAAUUACCAAUUAAGAGUAAGAGGUGGGAAAACCAACGUAUUUCUCUAAAGUCUUUUGUAAUUGUAAGAGGGAAGAUACUACUUUCAUAAGCAAGGAUAAAAUGUCACAAAAGACAAGAAAAGUGAUUACAGGUGCAAAGAAUUUGAUUGCUUUUUCAUGUUCCAGAUGUGAAAUGUGCCCACUGUUGACUACUAGACAACUGGAGGGAAUAGUCAUCUCAAAAGGUUGUUGACCUUUAAUAUUGCUUUUGAACCACUCCAAAACAAGGGCAUUAGGGAAAUGGUUGAGAGCAAUUAGUUGAGACAUAAAAGUGGCUUUCUUCUGCUUGCCUGGUCAGAAGUCAUUUUUGCAUAAUUGACAGACAAUGGAGACUUCAUUUCCAAAAGAGAGGAGACCUGAUAAAUACUAAUUGCCUAUAACUACAACAAACCCAUAGGGACCUGACAAAAUUUUGUUUUAAAAAUAUCACUCAACAGAUCAUAUAUCUGAUAAGCAGUUAAUACCCAAAAUAUAUAAAGAACUCCUAGAACUCAAAAGAAAAACAAAAUAAAAAUCUGAUUAAAAAAUGGGCAGAGGAUCUGAAUAGAUUUUCCAAAGGAGACCUACAGAUGCCCAACGGAUACAUGAAGAGAUACUGAACAUCACUAAUCAUCUGGGAAAUGCAAAUCAAAACCACAGGGAUAUCCCUUCUCUGUCUAGAAUGGCUAUUAUCAAAAAGACUAGAAAUAACAAGUGUUGGCAAGGAUGUGGAAAGUGCACCCUUGUGCACUAUUGGUGGGAAUAUACUUGAUGUAGUCACUAUGGGAAACAGUAUGGAGGCCCCUCAAAAAAUCAAAAAUAGAACCAUUGUAUGAUCCAGCAAUUCCACUUUAGAGUAUUUGAAGAAAACACACUAAUUCAAAAAGUAACAUGCACCCCCAUGUUCACUGCAGCAUUAUUUAUAAUAGACAAAAUAGGGAAAAAACCUAAGUGUCUGUGGUAGAUGAAUGGAUAAAGAAAAUGUGAUUCCACACAAUGGAAUACUAUUCAGCCAUAAAAAGAAUGAAAUAUUGCCUUUUGCGAUAACACGGAUAGACCUUGAGAGCAUUGUGCUAAAUGAAAUCUAUCAGAGAAAGACGAAUACCAUCUCCUCUCACUUGUAUGUGGAAUUAAACAACAGCGACAAAACCAAACUUGCAUAUAUAGAGAACAGACUGGCGGUUGCCAGAGGUGGGGGUAGGGGGGUGGGAAAAAUGGGUGAAGGGGGUUAAAAAUCCAGACUUCCAGUCACAAAUAAGUCAUAGGGAUGUAAUGUACAGCAUGAUGACUAGAGUCCAUACUGUAUUGCAUAUUGAAAGUUGCUACAAGGGCAGAUCUUAAAAGUUUACCUCACAAGAGAAAAAAAAUUUGUGACUAUGUAUGAUAUUAACUAGACAUUGUGAUGAUCAUUUUGCAAUACAUACAUAUAUUGAACCAUGUACACCUGAAAUUAAAACAUUGUGUUAUAUGUCAAUUAUACCUCCACAAAAAAAAUACACUAAUAUUUUUAAAAAGAACUCUGCAGUGGUUCUCAUCCCUGCAUUAGAAUUGCUGGAAGAGUCUUUUCCCCCAACACAAUUAUAUUGGAAUCUCUUAAAAGCUGGGGCCAAAGUAUUGAUAUUUAAUUUAAAAUGCUCUCCAACUAAGUCUGAUACACAGCUAGGGUUGAGAACCCUUAGGGCCAAGGCUUCCUCAGCCUUCUAUGUGAGCUCCUCUCUCAAACUUAAUCAGUCUGGGUUUAAUCUGCACAGCCCCCAGCCUCUGUCUCAUGUGGGACCCAAGAGGACACUUCUGUAAAGCCUGCGCUUCCAUCAUCUUUCAUGGAAUGUGCAGAAGUAGCUAGCAUCUUUCCUGGCAGGAAGGCUGCCUCCUUUGCCCUGGCUCUGCUUUCCACCCUCCUUGAAACAAGAGGCUGAAACAGCAGGCCCACCACAGGAAAGCUGACAAGGAAGUACCAGAGCUCUUUUCUGGAAAUGCAAAGUUGUGCACAUGCUUUAUAAGCACGCUGGCUUCUGCCCUAGAGAAGAGGAAGGGGUAGUAUAUUCUAUCAAUGGAUCAAUGGACUUCAUGCAUGUGAAGUGGUUCUUUUUUUUUUUAAUGGCCCUGUGCUGGUGGUAUCCUCUGGGCCUCUGUGGGACUCAAAUCUACCAUCAGCCGACUUCCAUAUGAUUUUUAAAAGUGAGGUUGCAGUAUAAUGACCCUAAAUGCUGCCAAAAAUACUGAGGUCAGGUGUGGUUGUUCCUUUCAAUACUCCACCAACCCAAUGUGCUAAAAAGGGGGAGGGGAGCACAGCCCAUCUACUCCUACCUGACCUAUUCACACUAAAAGCUUCAAGAAAGCUUACAGGAUUUUCCAGAUCCAAUCUAAAGUUCUAGAAAUGAGGUUUCUCAUUAAGUGCAAAACCCACUGAUAUUUCACAAUUUAAAUAGCUGUUUAUACAUACUUAACAGAAUUUUAAAACAUUUUGGGCUUGGAUGGGUGGCUACGUGUGCCGAAGAGGGGUAGGGCACAUAUUCUCCAAAGCAGUGCUGCUAUUUUCCAACAAAGCGGGAGGGAGGCGGCAACAAAGGGGCAGGAUCUGAUUUCUGGCACUGCAGUCCUGGCAUCCUGAGUAGCUUCCCUCUUUGGCCCAGUUUUGUUCUUGAGUACUUUGGAGUAGGGAGAGGAAGAGACACUUGUGCUUACCAGAGUCGUGUCUUAAUGCUUCAUCUUUUAUCAUCUGGAAUCCAUCUCCACCAUUGGCAAGGAAGCUUGGAAGGAUAACCUUAUAUAUCUCAUCCAUUCUGAGAGGCUCAUAACUGGGCACUCGACACUGGGUGCAAAGAACAUCCAAUUUGACCACUCUGUCCCCAGGUUUUCGGGAAAGAUCAUACACCACAUGAAUUCCUAGAAAAGAAACGAAUCUGUAUGUUUUCAC